AUGGGAUCGAUUACAGCCAACGGCCAAAUGGCGGACUGGGAAUCUCGUGCUUUGAAGAAAAGAAAGGAGCGAGAAGACAAGAUCUAUCAAUGGGGAUUGGAAACCCCUCGUGUUCCCCCGGACGUAACCUGCGUCAAGAACUUCCCCCAAUCCUGCGGCGCCUUGACCCAGGAGGAGAUUGAAGUAACCGAGACUCCGCCAACUUUGAUCGUCAAGAAGCUGCAAGAACGUACAUGGUCAGCAGAAAAAGUCAUACGCGCGUUCAUUUCUCGCACAGUCAUCGCACAUUCCCUGGUGAAUCCACUCACUGAAGUUUUCUUCAACGAUGCCAUCGAACGCGCCCAACGGCUGGAUUCGUUCUAUGAGAAGACGGGUAGGCCGGUAGGCCCAUUGCAUGGGUUCCCGAUGAGCAUCAAGGACGUGAUGAUCAUCGAUAAUCAUGACGCAACCCUGGGGUUUGUGGCUUGGAUCGGUCGUAAACGUCCUGUCGAAGAUCGCCUUGUGACGAAGCUACAAUCCGCCGGCGUCGUGUUUUAUUGCAAGACCAACGUCCCACAAAGUCUGAUGUCUGGAGAGUGCGUGAAUUUUAUAUUCGGAAGAACUUCCACUCCCUGGAACACUUGGCUGUCUGCCGGGGGAUCGAGCGGUGGAGAGGCAGCCCUCAUUUCUCUAGGCGGAAGUCCGCUGGGUAUCGGCACUGAUAUUGCGGGAUCUAUUCGGACCCCCGCUAAUUUUAACGGGAUCUACGGUCUUUGUCCAUCUCCAGACCGGUUUCCAUUGCAUAGUGCAGAGAAUAGUGGCGGCUCUAGUAUCAUCCGCGCGGUUGCCGGGCCUUUGGCUCGUGGCGUGGAUGGUCUCGAGCUGUAUGUUCGAACUGUGCUGGGUUUCAACCCUUGGGAGUGGGAUUUCAGCACUGUGCAUCUCCCCUGGAGAGAGGCGGAGUAUCUUAUUGGAAAGCGACGAAGACUUUGCUUUGCUUUCAUGCCGCACGACUCCGUGGUCUUACCGCACCCACCCAUCCAGCGGGGUAUGAACCUAUUGAAGAAUGCGCUCCAAGAAGCGGGACAUCAGGUUAUAGAUAUUGAACCGUUUGACGGCAAAGAAAUCAUUGACCUAUCACGCAAGAUAUGGGCCGCAAGCGGAAGCGAAGAACUGAUCGAGAUCCUAGCAACCUUACAAGAACCUCUGAUUCCAGAAGCUGAGCAGCCUGAUCUAUCCCAAGCACUCACUUCCAGGGAAUACCAAGAUUGCUACGUCCAGGCAAAUAUAAUCCGCCAGAAAUAUUUAGACAAGUGGCAGGAAACAAAAUACCGUACCAGAACCGGCCACCCUGUUGACGUUAUCAUAAUGCCUUCAGGCGGACAUGUCGCCCCUCCACACGGAACGAUGGAAUACUUUACAUACGAAGCAAUUUCGAAUCUUUUAGAAUGGACUUGCGCGACUGUGCCGGUAACUCAUGUUGACCCAGCAUUAGACCAGAAGCCAGACGACCUCACCUUUGUGCCAAUGUCUGACUUUGACCAAAGGAACUGGGACAGGUACACACCGGAGUUAUAUCAGGAUGGGCCUGUAUGCCUUCAAGUCUUGGGACAGCGGUUCACCGAGGAAAAGGUAUUGGGCAUUUUACGUGUGAUUGACCAGGCCUUAGGACGGGAUGAGUACUAUAUGGCAUGA